CUCUCUCUCUCUCUCUCCGUCUCUUCCUCGCUCCCUCUCUUUCUCUCCUCCCUCUGCCUUCCCAGUGCAUAAAGUCUCCGUCGCUCCCGGAACUUGUUGGCAAUGCCUAUUUUUCAGCUUUCCCCCGCGUUCUCUAAACUAACUAUUUAAAGGUCUGCAGUCGCAAAUGGUUUGACUAAACGUAGGAUGGGACUUAAGUUGAACGGCAGAUAUAUCUCACUGAUCCUCGCGGUGCAAAUAGCUUACCUGGUGCAGGCUGUGAGAGCAGCAGGCAAGUGCGAUGCAGUCUUUAAGGGCUUUUCAGACUGUUUGCUCAAGCUGGGCGACAGUAUGGCUAACUACCCGCAGGGCCUGGAUGACAACACCAACAUCAAGACUGUGUGCACAUACUGGGAGGAUUUCCACAGCUGCACGGUCACAGCUCUUACGGAUUGCCAGGAAGGGGCGAAAGAUAUGUGGGAUAAACUGAGAAAAGAAUCCAAAAACCUCAACAUCCAAGGCAGCUUAUUCGAACUCUGCAGCAGCGGCAACCGGGCGGCGGGGUCCCUGCUCCCGGCGCUCCCCAUGCUCCUGGUGUCUCUCUCGGCAGCUUUAGCGACCUGGCUUUCCUUCUGAGCGCGGGGCCAGCUCCCCCCACCCCCAUGUGCCCACCCACAGUCACUUCAUGCUCCCGGAAACCGAGAGGAAGAUCCAUUCGUUCUUUGGGGACGUUGUGAUUCUCUGUGAUGCUGAAAACACUCAUAUGGGAUUGUGGGAAAUCCUGAUUCUCUUUUUUAUUUCAUUUGAUUCUUUGUGUUUUAUUUGCCAAAUGUUACCGAUCAGUAAGCGAGCAAGCACAGCCAAAUCCGGACCUCAGCUUUAGUCCGUCUUCACACAAAAAUAAGAAAACGGCAAACUCACCCAUUUUUAAUUUUUUUUCAUUGUUUUGGCAAAAGAAUCUCAGGAACGGCCCUGGGCCACCUACUAUAUUAAUCAUGUUAAUAACAUGAAAAAUGAUGGGCUCCUCCUAAUAGGAAAGCCAAGAGAGGAGAAGGCCAGGGGAAUGAAUCCAAGAGGGAUGUCCACGUGGAAAGCAUAUGGUGACAUUCCCGCUCACGUCUUUCUUCCACAGUACCUUGUUUUGAUCAUUUCCACUGCACAUUUCUCCUCCAGGAAAGUGAAAGCACAGAUCGUGGGCUUUGCAUUUUAAGGAUAAGAGGGAAGAGAGAAAAAGGGGUUGGGUAACUCUGGGUUAAGUGGAAACUGUCAGAGGAAACGCUGCUAUGGUCACUGAGGGGCUGGCUUCGCCUGCAAUUGUCAUGCAUCCUUCAGGUCCACUGUCUUUAUUUUCCCUCCUCUCUCUUUAUAGCUGUUCCACAUACAGUAAUACCUGAAUAUCCAAUGGUAUAGAUCACAAGGGGGGGUGUUAAAUGUUAAUCUAAAAUAUAGUUAAAAACAGAUUUUGACAUAAAAGAGCCUUGAUUUUAAAACAGAGAGAGAUGUACUUUAAAAAGUUUAUUAUAAAUUAAAUUCAGCAAAAAAAUUUGCUACAAAGUAUAGAGAAGUCUAAAAUAAAAGUUAUUGUUUGAAA